AUGGCUGGUUCUGAUGCAGACAAAUUACAGUUUCCCAUAAUAGGUAAUGAUCAACGACAAGAUAAUAACAGAACCACUUCUGAUAUCUUUACAACAUAUGAAUCAGUUGAUACUUCAUCAUUAAAAUUUAUCUCAACGACACCAAUCACAUCAACGCCAUCACUGUCAUCAUCAUCAGCUAAAUGUUCUAAAAUACACUUUCCAUCAAAUGAUUCAGGCGAAAUUCACCCACGUAAAAGAAGACAAGACUGGUGUAAAUGGCCCAUAUGUAUACAGUACCGAACAACUGGUUAUUGUCCAGCAUACAAUCCUAAUGCAACAUCACUGUCAUCACAGAUGUGUAAUGCUGCUCAUAUUGGUCCAAAUGAUCAAGUACCUAUGUCACCAGAUGGACAAGUCCGAGUCUGUUUUGACUCAAUGGGAUUAGUGAAUCUUACCUGUAAUCGAUCGGACUGCUUUUUCUACCACCCACCAAAAACGAUCAGAGAUCAAAUUGUAGCCAAACGACACGCUCAGUAUCUUCGAGAAAAAGUGAUUCGUGACGCUUCAAAAUCACGCAAAUCAACAGGUCUCUUAACUUUUGAAGACAAUGCUAAAACCCUUCCUAGUUUCGAUUGUAAUACCAAGCUGAAAUACGUAUCUCAUGGACAGUCAGUGAUGACAUCGACGACUGGGCUUAAUCCUUUCAACUUACUGACAACUUCUCAACCAUCUUCAAGGACAGUUGAUUUAAUUUCAGCAUCUACAAUGAAUAAGGAUAAUUUACAAGCACUUUCCCAAGGGUGUAAUAUGGAUCCGUUAUGGUUAACACACGUUUCACACCAUCAGCAACCACAAGACCAACAUCAUCAGCAUUUAGCACAAUUACAUCAGCAAACAAAUCUUAAGUCUCUGAUUCAGGGCUGCACUUCAAAUGCAGCAGCACCUUAUCUAAUGCUUAACAGUAACAUUUCUCCAUGUUUAUCGAAUAUUAUACUGAACAGUGCAUCAUUCAUUCAGCCACCAAGUUUAAAUCCGAAUAUAUUAUUACCCAAUUCAUGUCCACUUUUCUCUAACCCAUCCAUAAAAUCUCACUGUCCUGAUAUUAAUCUGUUGUCUACACAGAAUCAAACUGACAACGAAUGGUUAUAUAAUAUGCUGUCAAUGAAUCUUGGACCAUUAACACAACCAAUGUAUUCGUCGAACUUAAUUACACCAUGGAGCAAAUUACUCGACAGUUUAUUAUUAAGUAAUCCAUUACUACUGUCAAAUGUUUCACAGAAUACAGGAAUCCCAAUCAAUUCACAGGUUAAUUGUUUAUCAACUCAGCUGAUUGAUCCAUUGCUGCCAUUCAGUUAUCUGCCAAGCAUAUCAUAUCCAUUGAUUACAAAUUCAAUAAAUUAUCAGUCAGUGACAUUACCUGCUGAGAAUAGAGGAACAGAUUCUCUGAAUACUAUGCCACUUUCAACUACACUGAGCAGUGACAUCAAUAUACCUUCUAAUGGUUUUUCUGAGUCACUUCAUUCAUCCUCCAUAACUUUAACAUCAACAGCUCAAUCAAUGAAUCCUGAGAUUCUAUUUCAAAAAUCACAACUUUCAUCACAAACGGACUAUGUGAAUACUACAACGAGCACCAUUAUUGUCAGUUCCAGUACUGUAUGA